GACACAGUUUGAAGAAUGGAUACUCAGAUUUUUUUUUUCAUUUUUCAGAAACAUGAACGCUGGAAGGAGUGGUACCAUGCUGCAGAGACACCGUGGCUGUGGAGGAGAAUGUGUUUGCAGAGAUGGAGCUUCUGCAACAUUUCCCAGCUCCUCUCAGACACAGGGACACACUCAUGGAAAGGGUAUUAUCUGCGUCGUUUUCAUCUGGAGAUGAAAAUGAAAUCAGGCACAUCAUGUGAAGACUACACCUGCAAAAGCCUACGAGGCCAUGAAGGCAAUGUUAUUGGUUUCGCAUACUUGGCUGGAAACGACGGCUGCUCAGACGUUUGGAAGAGUGUGCCACUUGUCUGUAGUGCAUCCACAGAUGGUACAGUCAAAGCAUGGGACAUUCAAGAGGGUGUAAAUUUAUGGUCAAGUCCUGUUCAAAGCCCCCUGCAAAACAUCAUAGUUGAUCCUGUUCAGUCUGUCAUUGUCACAUCGGACAGCACAGGAACAAUCAAAACAUGGAAGGGUUCAACUGGAGAGGAGGUGGCCUCAUUUGAAUCGGGACUCUCCACAAUCACACUACUGCUGUUUAAUGACAAAAGCAGCUCUUUCCUCAUGGUGGGCAGUAUUCAAGGUCUACUUGUCUUGACUUGUCCUGCACUGUCAGAAGUUUCGAGGCACGCAAUCUUCGACUCAUUUUGGGCAAACCUACUUCUUUCAUCCCCAGAUAAAAAAUGGAUACUUGCUACCUCCAAAGAAAAUAAUGACCUGAGCCCAAAGGUUUUCUAUAGUGAAACUCUGCGCAACCCUGUUGAAAAUGAGGAAAGUCUAUGUCAGAGUCUGCCAGUCACUGGCUGCUGUGCUGCUGUAUUCCUCCCGUCCCAAAAUGCGCGAGUCGCAGUGAUCCAUACAGACGGACUCUUCAACAACAAAACAAUCUCAGUCUUUGACCUGACUAUAAAGGAAACUAAAUAUAUGAAGAAGCCAGAAGCUCAACAGGUUGCAUCUUUUCAGUUACAACUGUGUCAUCGCUCAGACCUCAUUCUUGAGGCAAGAGGGAGCAACAUUCUUCUGGUUGUAGAUGGAAACUAUCUGAAGGUUUACACACUUAAAGGGGAACUUGUUGCUAAUUUUGAGGACCACAUACAGCCAAUCACUGCUCUUUGUGUGGACAGUUUUAGGGUGGUGACAGCAUCUCGUGACCUGUCUCUCCGGGUACUCACCUGGAGAAAUGAUAAACAACAUGGGCUUUCCCUUGAGAGCCAGUAUCACUUACUUGGAGGCUCCCACACAAGGUCCAGAGGGUUCACAAAUGUUUCCUGUGAUUUUUCAAGUAUAGUGGCCUCUGUGGAUUCAGUGGAUGGAAAGGACGUUCUGAAGGCAUAUACAUUUGAUUUUUGACCAUGUAAGAGAGUGCUUUUCAGUUAAUGGACGGAAGUUAAAGGAAAUAUUUUUACAGUAGCAGUACUAACAAUCAAAAUUGUGCCUAUAAAAAAUACUAUAAUUGUUUGCAAUAUUAAAAUAAUUAUUUGUGGCAAUAAAAAUGUAACUGUUAGGUAAAAGGCUCUGAUAAUGUCAGAAAGGAUACAAAACAUGUACAAUGAGAUGUGUGAAAAAAAAUCACAAUGGUGUUUCAGGUACAAAUUAUAAUGUCUUUCUAUUCUUUGUAUUUAUCUUAUUUUCCAUUUACUUGUAUGCCUAAAAGGAAUUGUUCACCAUAAGAAAACUGCCAUCAUUUAUCACCAUUUAUCACCAUACUGUUGUUCCAAAAGAUUUUUCUGAUUUUGUACAGUUUCGAAACAAUAACCAGAUGAAACCAGUUAUUUGUAAUUGAUAGAAUAAUUUGGAUUGAUAGAACCCUCAGGGUGAAGAAAUAAUUACUGGUUUGGUAAAUUAUUUGUUAUCCAAACAGAACUUACAACGUAAGACGUUUUACUGUAUAUUUUAUUUUCCAACAAAGGAACAAUACUGUAUAUUAUUCUCUUUCUGGAUUUAUCAUCUAAACGGAGAACCUGAGUAAAAACCGGUGCUUUUAAAAUGAAUUUGUAGAUAGGACCUUAGUUAUCGAUUGUGUGACACCUCAAUUUACUCUUUGAGGCAGUUGACUUCAUAUGACAAAGAACAAGCCUCAAGACAUUUUUCUGGAUAAUAUUUCCACCAGCUGGGUGUUGCAUCUGAAAAUAAUUUUGUUUGUAAAUAAAAAGAAUUAAUAAAUAAAGUUGUAUAAAUUGAAGCACA